AUGUUCGUUUACGAAUGCAUAAAAACAGAUGGAAAACAUGUUGGAAUGUGCGUUGAUAAUUUUAUGUUUGGGAGUUGUUGCUCUCACAACAUAACCCAUAAUGCAAUUAUUCCAUCGACACCACCAAAUCUUAUGUUAGGCGGAAGACCGCAAUAUACAAAUAAAUAUAAACCUUCGAAACCAGCCGGAUUUGUGACGCAUCCGACAAAAAAACCGUCGACGAAUCAUUGGUUUAAGGAACCCAUCAUUUCUACGACCGUGAGAACGACGACGACGACGGAUUCGGCGGUGGCGGCGUCGGCGUCAUCGUCGACCAUCACCGCCAUGUCGACAACGUCACAAAAAUUAUUACCCCCAAUGGGAAAACCGAAUUUUAUAACGAACGGAGGAGGAGUUCAUUGGUUCCCGACAACCGAGCCAAAUUUUGUAACGAGACCGAGACCAUCGUCAAAUCUCAUCGUUCAAAAACCAAAACCAAAUCUAUCGAUUUUAAAUUUUGGUAUGUCGUCGACGAGGAGUAAUUUAACGAAUCAUAAUUCGAAUAAAAAAACAAAUUCGUCGGAAUCUCACGCCAUGAUGAUGAUGAUGAUGAUGACGGCGGUCACGACGACGACGACGUCUACGACUACGACGACAGAAAAUUCUAAAACGAAUCACGUUUCAGAAUUAGGAACAAAUCAAAAACUUUCUUCCAACGUCAUUAACGAAAAUAAAUCAGAAAUUACAAGUUCAACAUCAACCGCAAUUCCGGCUUCUGCCACGACGACGAAAACUCCGACGACUUCAACCACGACAACGACUUUUAAAGCAACGACGGAAACGUCAUCAACAACGACAGCAUCGCAAUCAUCUCACCAUUCAUCGACGGAACAACAUUCAUCGAAAAUUUCUAAAAAUUCAGGUCAAUGUGGGGUUGCAUCCCUACUGCCACGUCCAGAAAUGAGAAUAGUCGGGGGUAAAAAUGCACCUUUCGGCGGAUGGCCGUGGCAGGUUUCGGUACGGAGAACUUCAUUUUUUGGAUUUUCCAGCACUCACAGGUGCGGGGGUGCCGUCAUAAAUGAAAAUUGGAUAGCAACCGCUGGACAUUGCGUUGACGAUUUGUUGACGUCACAAAUAAGAAUCCGGGUGGGGGAAUAUGAUUUUUCAAGCGUUCAAGAACCGUAUCCGUUCGUCGAGAGGGGAAUAUCGAAAAAAGUAGUUCAUCCGAAAUAUAAUUUUUUCACGUACGAAUACGAUUUGGCUCUCGUUCGCCUGGAAUCGUCGCUGGAAUUUCAACCUCACAUAGCUCCGAUUUGUCUUCCAGCAUCCGACGAUUUAUUAAUUGGAGAAAAUGCGACCGUUACGGGUUGGGGAAGAUUGAGCGAAGGUGGGACAUUACCAUCAGUUUUACAGCAGGUUUCCGUACCCAUAGUUAGCAACGAUAAAUGCAAAUCGAUGUUUUUAAGAGCGGGACGUCACGAAUUCAUUCCAAAAAUUUUUUUAUGUGCCGGAUAUGAAAACGGGGGACAAGAUUCCUGUCAGGGUGAUUCCGGCGGACCGUUACAAGUCAAAGGAAAAAAUGGAAGGUAUUUUCUCGCGGGUAUUAUAAGUUGGGGUAUCGGAUGCGCAGAAGCGAAUCUUCCCGGAGUCUGCACGAGGAUAUCGAAAUUCGUUCCGUGGAUUUUGGAAAACGUUACGUAA